AUGUUGCAAUCCAGGGCAUUGGUGUUAGCUCUCAUUCUGCUCCUUGGCACCACUCUCCCUGAAGUGCAAUCAAAGUCCAUCUUUGAGAGAGAUCGUCGUGACUGGCUGGUCAUCCCCGAUGCAAUUGCAGCUUACAUCUAUGAAACUGUGAACAAGAUAUCUCCUAAAGCUGCCCAAUUCUUGGCAGAUGCUGCCCAGGCUCAACCAGUUGUUGUGACCAGGACCUUUCUCAUCAGAGAAACAACUAAACUCAGCAUAAUGGCUGAACAGCUGGUGGAAAAAAUAAAGAACCUGUGGAACACAAAAGUCCUAGGCUACUAG